CGUUAAAAAUCAAACAAUACAUGUUUGCGCAGCCCUACUAUGGAAUAAAUAAAUAUAAAAAUAUUUUAAAAUCAGUUAUUAUUUACUUCUUGACAAUAAUUAAAGAAGAAGUGCACUUGAAAAUAAAAUAAAAAUUCUGCUUUGAUGAUCAUUCUCGCUUCUUCUCUACUCUUUGUCCUCGAAGUUGUUAAUGGCGCCAAGUGUUUCGGAAGCUUAGCCGGGAACAGCAGCUACGCUCAGAAUCGCCGUGAUCUCUUCUCUACUCUUCCUAAUAAAGUCGUCACUAACGGCGGAUUCUACAACUCUUCACUCGGCCAGUAUCCAAACAGAGUAUACGCUCUUGGCUUCUGCGAAAAAUACUAUGAGCAAAAAGCUUGUUUCAACUGUCUCGAAAGCUUGACUGAGGAUACACAAACGAGUUGUGGAGACAUCACGAACUCAUUCGCUUGGAGCAGUGACGAUGAAAGCCGUUAUUGGUGUCUUGUACGUUCCUCAAACCAAUCUUUUGGAAACUUGGAGCUUAUACCUCCUUUAAUAGAGGCAAAUCCAGAUCAUAUUGGGCCAUCUAUAGACAUGACCCUUUUCAUGCAAGAGUGGGAAUCAGCGGUUAAUAGGACCCUCGAGGCUGCCACAGAAGCUAAUACUUCCUCUGUACAUAAGUACUAUAGUGCCAUACAAGCCCAUUUCACAGAGUUUCCGAAUGUUAACAUGGCGAUGCAAUGCACACCCGACAUAACUUCCCAAGAUUGCAAGCAAUGUUUGGGGGACUGUGUGGAGUACUUUAGAGAACAGUUUAGGGGAAGAGCAGGGGGCAUGGCUAGUUUUCCGAGCUGUUUAUUCAGAUGGGAUAACGUUACAAGUAUGCCUGCACUUCCUCGACCUCUGGCUCAAGAAAAGGGGAGCUCUAUACCAGAAAAGAAAGGAAGGUGCAUGGAUAGGGAAAUUAUCACAACAAUUGUGGUUGCGACUUUCGUUAAUCUUUUGGUAUUUGUUGGUUUCUACAAAGUCAAUGCUCAGAGGAGAAAAUUAAACAAGGGAAUAAAUGUUGGUGGUGCAGAAUACUCUGAUUCAGAUGGUCAAUUUAUGUUACCGUAUGAUCUUGGUAUGAUCCUAUCGGCAACGGCUGACUUUUCGCCUGAAAAUAAGCUUGGCCAAGGUGGAUUUGGUACGGUCUAUAAGGGGAUAUUACUAAAUGGGAAAGAGAUAGCAGUAAAGAGAUUAACUAGAGGUUCAGAAGGAGGUAUAGAGUUUCGGAAUGAAGUUUCACUUUUGACAAGACUCCAGCAUAAGAAUCUGGUUAAGCUUCUUGGUUUCUGUAAUGAAGGAGAUGAAGAGAUUCUUGUCUAUGAGUUUGUUCCCAACUCAAGUCUUGACCGCUUUAUCUUCGAUGAAGAGAAGCGUUCACUUCUUACAUGGGAAGUGAGGUUUAAAAUCAUAGAAGGCAUUGCUCGAGGUCUUGUUUACCUCCAUGAAGAUUCUCAGCUGAAGAUUAUUCACCGAGACUUGAAGGCAAGCAACAUCCUUCUAGAUGCAGAGAUGAACCCAAAAGUUGCAGAUUUUGGCACAGCGAGGCUGUUUGACACCGAUGAGACUGGAGCGGAAACAAAACGAAUAGCUGGAACUCGUGGAUAUAUGGCUCCUGAAUACCUGAAUUAUGGGCAAAUCUCAGCUAAGUCUGAUGUAUAUAGCUUCGGUGUUGUGCUUCUAGAGAUGAUAAGUGGUCAAAGAAAUAAUAGCUUUGAAGGAGAAGGAAUUGCAGCCUUUGCACGGAAGAGAUGGGCUGAAGGAAGGCCUGAGGUUAUAAUUGAUCCUUUAUUGGGAGAGAAGCCGAGUAACGAGAUCAUUAAGUUGAUUCAGACUGGUCUGUUGUGUGUUCAACAGAGUGCAACAAAGAGACCAACCAUGAGCGCUGUAAUAGUUUGGCUUGGUAGUGAGUCGACUAUCACCAUUCAUUCAACUAAGGCUCCUGCUUCCACAAGUAGUCAUUCCCAAUCUGAAGAUGGUACAAUGUCAAUGAGCAAUGUCUUCACAGAGUUGAGUUGUCGUUAAGUUAUAAAUUUGUUAAUAUAUGUUGUUUCAAGGUAGUACCAAAUGUACUAACUGUAUCGAAUUCAGAAACAGAAUAGUAAAAAGUAUGAGUAUGUACAAUCCUAAGUUCAAGAAGCCUCUACAUAGAAUAUAUGCAACUACCAUUUAUACA